AUGAGCUGCUGGACUUGUGUUUCCCUCUGGAAUCGCAAGGAGGGGCCUGGGCUGGGUCUGCGCAGUCCAUCACUGACGGGCCAGUCUAUCGGGGGGCGUGGAGGCCUGAACCCCGGGAGAGUGAACUGUGAGCUGGACACGUGGACGGGUCCCAGGGCCAGUGCUCCCGCCACCCAAACUCACGUGGACGUGGAUCCUCGGGAGAGAGGGUGCAGGGCGGCCAGGCCCUCCCAGCAGGGGGAAGAGACGGUGCCCGUGGAGGGUCAGAGCCGGGCCGGGAAGUGUCCACACGGCCCACACAGCGCCCCCAAACGAGGACGUUUCCAGCUCUUUUCUGAGAAAAACCGCAGAAACAGAGCUGCGCCUUCAGACACCGACACCCGGAGCCGCGUGGAGAAGGCGCCUCCCUCGCUCUUCCUGCUGGCUCCGGGGUCACCCUACCCCACGCCAGCUCUCAGCUUCGACGUCACCCUCUCCAGGAUGAGCCCCAGCGGCUCCCCCGCCUCUGCAGCCUCCCCCAGGCCUCCCCAGCACCCACAGCGCCUCUGCACCGCGGUCUUCGGGGUCCAUGCAGGCCUGCCAAUCACCCGGUCCCUCCGGCAGGUCAAAGGGGACAGAGGGGGCCGUCACCUGCCAUUCUACGCUCCCCUCGGGCAGGCGGCCGGCGGGCGGGCUCCUUCCCGGGAAGCGGGUGCUAACCACGAGCCGCACGGAUGUCCGCGCCCUGAGGUUCGUGCCCACGUGGAGGGCGAGGCUCUCAGGUUCCUGUUCGGAUGCGUGAAGAGCAAGUACCCGGAGCCCCAGGAAGCACACGGCCUGGCCACGCGCCAUCUCUCCUCCCUGAAGGUGAGCACGCCUGCCGGACCCGGGGGAGCUCACCGUCCAGGCCUUGCCCAGAGGGCAGUCUGCUCGCUACUCAAGGGCCUGACUGCUCCGGAGGCUGGCGUGCACCUCGUCACGGCAACACAAGCACAGCCACGAACGCCACGCGUGUUCGUGAAAAUCCCGGAGACUCACAGGCAGUUCACGGCGUGGUAUCCAACCACGGUGUGUGGUGAUCGGCGACUGCCGCCGGGGCUGGGGCUGCUCCAGGAGGCAGGCAUGGAGAAGGUGAACUUCUCGGGCGGGGAGCCGUUCCUGCAGGACCGCGGGGAGUACCUGGGCCGCCUGGUGAGGUUCUGCAAGCAGGAGCUGGGCCUGCCCAGCGUGAGCAUCGUCAGCAACGGCAGCCUCAUCCGCGAGCGCUGGUUCGUGAAGUACGGCCAGUACCUGGACAUCCUCGCCAUCUCCUGCGACAGCUUCAACGAAGACGUGAACGUCCUCAUCGGGCGCGGCCAGGGGAGGCUCAACCACGUGGAGAACCUCCGGAAGCUGAGGCGCUGGUGCAGGGAGUACCGCGUGGCCUUCAAGAUCAACUCCGUCAUCAACCGCUUCAACGUGGACGAGGACAUGCGCGCGCACAUCCAGGAGCUGAACCCGGUGCGCUGGAAGGUGUUCCAGUGCCUGCUCAUCGACGGGGAGAACGCGGGGGAAGGCGCCCUGCGGGAGGCCGAGCGCUUCGUCAUCAGCAAGGAGGAGUUCCAGGGCUUCCUGGACCGGCACCGCGGGGUGCCCUGCCUGGUGCCCGAGUGCAACGACAAGAUGAAGGACUCCUACCUGAUUCUGGAUGAGUAUAUGCGCUUCCUGAACUGCAGAGAGGGCCGCAAGGACCCGUCCCGCUCCAUCCUGGAUGUGGGCGUGCAGGAGGCCAUCAAGUUCAGCGGCUUCGACGAGGAGUCGUUCCUCAAGCGCGGAGGCAAGUACGUCUGGAGCAAGGCCGACCUGAAGCUGGACUGGUAGGGCUGCCGGACGCCUGGCCGCGUCGCGGGGCCCCUGCCGCACCUGGGACUGUGUGGUCCCGGCGCAAGUUACCAUGGUAACUGAACUCCAUGGACGCAGACCAUUCGCUGCGGCCACUUCGCUUGUUUGGUUUGGUUGGGGUGUUUUGAGCACCGUUUCCGGUGAUCCCUGCGUUUCCAUCUCCAAGUCAUCUUUCCUGGUUUGUUCAUUUGAUGGUCACGUCUUUUCUGCUGAAUCCCCAGAGGCCAGUGUUCACAUCUGGAAAAAACUGGAAAAAAUUGGAACACUCCCUGCAGCCACGGCUGCUUCAGGCAACACCAUCUCCCUUCCUGCCCUCGCACCACGGCCACCCUGGACUCCCUCCCCAGGCGUGCAGCACGCGGCACAGGUGUGUCCGGCUCAGGAACGGCCACCUUAUCAGGCUUCAGUGCCGGCCCGGGGAGGUAGCCGUGUCCCCCGAUGAUGCUGGGACCAGCCCAGGGCCCAGGCUGACUGCUCCAUAAACGAGGGCUCUCUCUCGC